CGUCAAGCGAGAGCUUUCGCAAUUUUCGCGAAAAUCGCGAUUCAGUACGUUUCCGUUCGCCGAAUGAAUGGGUUACGCGUUUCGCGUCCAAGAAGAGCGCUUGUUUACGAUUUUUAGUAAAAAUGUAAAUAGAAAUAUCCACAAAAAAUAACUUUAGUUUAUCAAAAUGUGAAAAACGUGUAAGGUGAAUAUAUUUCAGUGUAUGAAGUGUGUUGACGACAAGUUUGAGCAUGUAUUUUGGACCGAUUUGUUUUUUUCGAAAAUCGUUUUGUGUGAAAAGAAAUGUGAUCGAUUUUUUAUCCCAACGAUGAAGUGUUCGACUUUUUGGCUGUUUUUGUUACUCUUCUUACAAAGAAUUCGUAAUGGUUGGCCUCUGAAGUCAAUGCGAGUGACCGUACCCAGAGCGGUCCGAGUGGGGCACUCAGUCACCCUCGAGUGCGAAUACGACUUGGAAAAGGCACCCCUUUACUCGGUGAAAUGGUACAGGGACUCGCAAGAGUUCUAUCGGUAUGUCCCGAAAGAGGAGCCGCCCACCAGAGUCUUUCCAUUCCCGGGAUUGCACGUUGACGUUUCUGUUUCUAACGCAAGAAAAGUUACUCUACUUUCCGUAGGACGACCUCUAUCGGGAACGUUUCAGUGUGAAGUUUCAGCGGAUGCUCCACUUUUCCAUACCGAAAUGAAAGCUGCAGAAAUGACAGUUGCAGUUGUUCCUGAUGGUGUUCCCAACGUUGCUGUUGAUCGAGCUGGUUUGGAACGUGGUGGGCCUCUUAUUGCUGAAUGUAUAGCACCACCAGCUUAUCCAUCACCAAAUCUUACGUGGUAUGUCAACGAUCAAAGGGUGCCCGGGUCGACUUCGUCUCACGUGACGACGGACGCUGAUCUCUUGGAGACGGCUUCCAGUAAGCUUGAGCUUACUGGAGUUGGGGGCAGUUGGGGCACCAUUAGGUUGAGAUGCGAGGCCACGCUCUUUCGACUGUACAGAGCGAACAGCAUCGAAGUUGAGGUCAAACCGGAUACGCCACAACCUGCCUCCGUACUUUUAAUGGGGAACAGCAUAAAUGGUGUAAAGUUGCCAACAAUCCAAAUAAAUCUUCUGUUAGCCGCGACAGUAUUACUCUUGCUACAGAGAAGACACCAGUGGACCAGUUAAUCUACGCCAACGGAAGUAGACAAACAGAAAAUAAAGGAAAUCGACGAUCGCAAUCGAAAAACAAGUGAAAAGUCAACGUGCAAAGUGAGCGAUUUCUUCUUUUUAAUACAAAGAAAACUCGAUUGUAACAAAUAAGAGACUUUUUAGUGUCGCCUAAACCCUUAAGAAUAAAAAAAGGAGAGAAAGUGUUUUUUUCUUCCAAAAAUGUAAAAAAUAAGAAAAAAUGAACUCCGAAGGAUGAUCUUUAAGUUAAUUUUUCACAUUCUAUCGUCUUCUAAUCGGUGAAAAGAUUAUUCUUAGUUCUUUUUGUAUAUUAGUAUUUUACAGGUGUACAUACGUGACUAUUGAAAAAAGAAAAUUAUCGCGAAAAACGAUUGUAAAAAUUAAGUCUGUAUUUGACGUGUAUAUGUUCCGAUCGGAAUAUUGAUGAUGAUGAUGUUAGGUUAUUAAAAAUAUAUAAAUCAACCGAUCAAA